AUGGCACAUCUCACUGUGUCUAUUACUUGUAAAUCCUCUCUCAACUCUAAAAAUCUAGAUAUGAACCCAUACAUACACGCACUAGAUAUAAUUACUUCGAAUGUUCUAGAUGUGUCAGCCAUAGUAGGUCCCAUUGGAGUAUUGGAAGAUGAUUCUUGA